CGUAUUUACUUUACUUAUUUACUAAACUAAAAUCAAUGUUAGCCUAGCGAUGCAUGAUGCUCGGGCUUGAAUUAGGUCCCGUCUCUGACUUGUUAUUGGAAAAACAUCGAUGUUGAUAAAAUCUUUUUAUUAUAGUGAUCGAUGCGACAGGCCGAAUAUUAUAGUGAAUCGUCGAUUCUGUUGUACAUCGGAAUAAUAAUUGUAAUUUUGUUUGUAAACGCUGAGAAUAAGUUUAUUAGAUUAAUGUUAACUGUGACUGUGAGGCUCAGUUGAUCGUACCAAAUACCAAAUAAUAUAUAGAUUAUGUACCUAUUUUCUUUGGAGCCUUAGGGCCACCUCAGGGCAGUCUAUGGUUUUUGGGUUUUACCGUGUUAAAAACAUUAGUGAAUCUGGACAAAAUAAACUGUUCUACGAUUUUCUUUAAAAAAUUAUCAGUAUGUCCAGCGCAAGAACAAACCGUUUAACUCGUGAGAUCAAAAGCUUAGAAGAUAAUCCGCCAUGGGGCAUAAUUUGUAAACCAGUAAAAGCUGAUGUCCUGGACGAGUUACGCGUCAAAAUGCUCGGCCCCAAAAGCUCGCCGUACGAAAAGGGCAAGUUUGAGCUCGUUAUCAAUGUACCGGAUAAAUAUCCCUUCGAACCGCCGCAAGUGAAGUUCAUAACGUCAGUGUACCAUCCAAAUAUUGACAAAGGUGGCAGAAUCUGUAUGAACAUGCUAAAGAUGCCCACAAAGGGGUCCAGCGGCUGGCAGCCAACGAUAACGAUUGAGACCCUUCUCAUCUCUAUACAAUCACUCUUGGCAAACCCCAACCCAGAUGAUCCCCUCAUGCUAGACAUAGCAUAUGAAUAUAAAUAUGACAUUGAGCAAUUCAUGUUUAAUGCUACUAAGCACACUGAGAAGCAUGCAGUAUGAAUUAGAGGAAAUAUGGUUUAAAUAAUUGCCUGUAAUCUUGAUUGUUAUAAGACAGUAUUAGUCAAUCUAAUCGAAAAUAUAGGUUGUAGACUGAAUUAAGUAGUGGCUAUCCUUUUUCUCCCUUUACUAUGAAAAUGGCAUUACUAACCUUUUUAUUUAGGGAUUAGUUGGAUUUUGACUUGGGUCAUUAGCAAUCAAGGUUGGUCCAAUUAAUGGACUCUGAUUUGUUGUUGAAUAUUAAUCUCAAACCAAACAUACUACACUAGUGUGAGUACACACUGGGUGCUCAAAUUGGUGCAUACUUAUGUACCACUAAAAUGGCAAGAAGUGGAUACACCAUUUCCACUACUAAGAGUGUUAUGGUUUAACUACUUUAAAAAAUAGAAAAGUUAUGUUUGUCAUUCCAGAAGUUAUGUUUGUCAUUCCAGAUGUCUUGUGUCCUAGUCAUUGUAAUUAAAAAUCUGCUAUUUAGUAUUAAGAAUUUUCCAUUGAUACUCAGAUGUUUUAAUUAUUACAAGCUUGUCUCCGCCAUACCAUGUAACAAUAGUGGAGUAAAUUGUACCCAGUUGGUACAAACAUGUGCCAUAAAAUUAAAACAAGCGUAUCGUUAAGGAUAAUAAUUGAAUGAAGCUGAAAAAGUGCUGUGAAAAAAAAUUAAGUUGAAUUUUCGAAUUUGGGUAGAAUAUUGAUACUUACAAAUUGUUAGAUAAUUUCUAUUUGGUACAGAACGAUUGCUGACUUUUUUCGUCAGCUUCUUAGUAGAAUCUGCCUUUCCUAAACAGUGGUAAAAGAACAAACUUUUGAAAUUUCCAUGUCUUAUAAAAAAUUUAACUUUUGAAUUUAAUUAUGAUAUUUGAGCAUUAUGACAGAAUCUUUGUUUGUUAGCUUUAUGUAAAUAGCUUGCAUGUUAAUAAAUAUAAGCCGUAAAUACUGUUUCUUUUGCCAAUUCUGCUGAACUUCAUUUCCAUAGCAACAUUUCACCAAUCUGGCUCCUUUCGUGCGUUCUCCAUUCGCUAAACAUUUGCGAAGGACCUUGUUUAGUAUAAGUAUUAUAAGCUUCUGAGUGUAAAGUGAUUGAUUUUCUAUCCAUACUUAUUUGAUAUGAAAGCUACGUGUUCACAGUACAUCUGUUGACGGUACUGUUUCCCAGUAUUGUAAAUACAUGGUGCUCCUUGUAAAAUAAAAAAACAGGAUUACAGAAUUUGCAACUCAAAAACAAAUACAGUUUGGUACAUUUUGCUUUGAAGUUACAAUGUUUCGAUAUUCGAUUAUGGCUUUACAACUGCAAGCGUUCAAAACUUAUACUAAGCAUACGUUUUU